AUGUAUUUACAUCCUUCAUCGAAUACACUUACCUCUGUGACUACUACGAGUACUACUCCACCUCCUCCUUCUGGUACAUCUUCCAUCAUUGCGUCUACUACUACUCCCCCUCCUUCUAAUACUAUUGUAAGCGUGAAUCAUAUAACUUCAUUGAAAUCGGAUGUAGUGAAUACAAUGAGUAAUCCAGGAUGUUGUUUAUCAUCUAGUAAUAAUAGUAUGAUGCAACCACCGCCGCCCCCGCCACCACCACCUGCAAUGAUACCAAAUCAUGGAUUAACUAGUUUAUUAUCAAAUGUUGCAUCAAAUAUCUCUGCACAUCAACAGCAGCAACAACAACAACACCAUCAGCAACAGCAACAAUCUCAAAAUACCUUUUUAAAACCACCUUUAAUUCCUACUGGUCGUACAUCAAAUGCUCAAUUGUUACAAUUAUUAAGAAAUGUAGCCUCUUCCUCCUCUUCCUCUUCUUCUUCUUCUUUACCAUCAUCUUUGAAUCCUUCAACCUCUCCACGGAAUAGUUCACCUGUUGUCUUAAAUGAUUCUUCAAUCCAACAACAACAACAACAGCAGCAGCAAAUGUCAACAUCAGUUACACUGUCAUCUACGGAUUAUUUAUCUUCUUCUUCUAAUAAUACUAAUAAUAAUGAUCAAACACUUUCUUCAAAUCCAUCACCAAAUCGAUUGUCUUCAAAUGCAGCUACACCAACAACUGUUGCUAAUACUAAUACUACUAUGCCUAACAACACUACUAUGAAUGGACUUAAUCUACUACCAGAUUUUGAAGCAUUACUGACCAAUUCUAAUCCUAAUAUGAAUGAUUUCAUUUAUUGUUUAAUUCAAUCAAUUCUACUUAAUCAUGCUCAGGCUAGACAAAAAGUUAAAUGCAAGAAAGAGGUACCUACAACGUUAGAUUCAACAGCUUUACUUUCAUUUCUCUCUGGAACUGGGAACUUGAAUCCUACCAAUUGUACGGUUAACUCAUCAACAAAUCUACUAAAUCCUUUGGCCACUUUAUCAUCUGAGUUGGACAGUGUGAAUUCUACUAUUCAGUUACGUCAAGCAUUAGAAAGUUUAAUUAAUCCAACUAUUUCUUCUUCGUCUUCUUCGGGAUUUGAUCAAACUUCAUCGCAUAGUUUAUUAUCAUCAUUAUCAACAUCAUCAUCAUCAGGAGAUAUGCUUGAUGGUGGAUCACUUACUCAAGCAUUUCAACAAUUGACUAAUUUAUCGUCUACGCGUAAACCAUCUGGAAUCGCUAAAGUUAUGUCUUCUGGCGGCGGUGUUGGUGCUUCACUUAUACCGAAUGAAAUUAAUAAUACUACUAAUAAUAAUAACAACACUCCAUCUACGGGGAAUAUUUCAUUUGAUCUUCUUGCCCAGUUAUCUGCUGCUGCAGCAGCCGUCGCAGCUACCACUACACCGACUCCUGCUCCAGAUAUUGUCAGUCAUCUUGCAAAUUUGACAACUUCAGAUGGUUUCAAUUCAGUUCUUCCAACUGAUGACAGUCUGUCGUCUGCAUUACAAAAUCUUCUAUUCAAACAAAUGUUAAAUGUGAAUACAAGUUCAAAUGCCUACACCUCUUCAUCACUUGGAUCUACAAGAAAUCUCCUGGGUAGUCUUACCCAAUCUGUUAAACAUACAAAUCUGAAUGAUUGUAGAUUAUCAUCAUCAUCUAUGAAUAAUAAUACUAAUGAUGGUGUAUCUAGUUGUACUUCAGACAAGUUAAUUUCACCAACUUAUUCUUUGGCUUCAAAUUUCUUAUCACUUCACUCCCCCAACAGUAUUAAUAAUAAUAAUAUUAGUAGUAAUAAUAAUAAUAAUACUAAUAACCAUAACAGCAACAAUCAUUCACGUAAUUCUUUUCUCCGACCAACAUCAAGAAUAUCACCUGAACCACCGAUGCUUGUUGGAUCAGCUGCCAGUCCACCGUCUUCAUCGGCUACACCGUCUUUUCUAUCUCCUAAUCAAUCGAAUCCUGUCGGUGUCAGUGGUGCUGGUGGUGGGGGUGGUGAUUUUUACCCACCAACUGAAAGUACAACUUCACCAAAUUCUGUCCUGUUAAAUGGGUGUACAAAUCUUCGUACAUCACCGAAUUCAGGUUUGAAUAUGACUCAAACAGCUGUAAAUUUAUCAAAUGAAAAUCAAUCCUGGGAACCGUGUAAAGUUUGUGGAGAUAAAGCUUCAGGACGACAUUAUGGUGUUGUAUCAUGUGAAGGAUGUAAAGGCUUUUUUAAACGUUCAAUACGUGGACAUGUUAGUUAUGUAUGCCGUAGUGAACAAAAUUGUCUUGUAAAUAAAGCCUAUCGUAAUCGUUGUCAAUAUUGUAGACUACAAAAGUGUUUAGCUGUUGGUAUGCGUUCAGAAGCUGUACAAAAUGAACGUCGACCGACAAAUACAUUUGCUUUAAAUUUUCUUACUGAUAAUAAUAAUAUAUCAAGUAAUUCGAACACUACUCCUACAACUACUACAGGUGGAGGAAAUAUGAUAAACGGCAGAGUUUCACCGAAUUUCACUACCUCUAGUACUACUAAUACUUCCACUAGUACUGUUAAUGUUAAUAAUAAUAAUAGUAGUAAUAGUAAUACCUCAAAUGGAGGCAUAACUACCCUUCCAUUGAAUACGAAUGCCUGUAAUACUUCACCACAAUCUCAACAUGUAUUAUACAAACCGGAACAUAAUUCAGAAGAGAAUGAAGAUGAAAUUUAUGGUCAUAAUAACAACAAUUCGAAAUUAGUGACACAGAAACCUGAAGACAACCAGUUAUCAUCAAGAAAUUCUCCAUCUACUGCUUCUUCUUCUUAUCGUUCAACACUGCCGACUACAACAUCUAUUAUGGGAGAAAUUUUAUCCUCAGCAUCAUCAUUAUCAAAACAUCUGAAUGAUAAUCAAUUGUCUGGAGGGAAUAAAAAUUCUGCUUUAAGUGAUAUCUCCUCUUCCUCAUCAUCCUCAUCCUCAUCCUCAACAUCAUCUACAAAUUCUGAAAUGAACGACUCCAAUCAUCAUCCUCAUCAUCCCUCCCACAUACUUCCCCAUCAAGAUAUUAAGUCUGGUGUCAUCUCAAAGUCGACAACUGUUGUCUCACCACAAAAUAGUGGAACACAUUCUCUGGCUAUUCUGCAAUCACCGCAACCAUCUCCUGUUAUUCCGCUAACUUCCAGUCAUCAACGUUCAACAGCUGUCAUAAUGAGUAGUGGUAAUAAUAAUAACACAUCUCUGCCUAAUAAUCUAUCUACGUAUACUAGUGGUCUGGAAGAUUGUCUUACAGCUAGCCUGAGAGAUUCAGACUAUGCCAGUGCAAAUCUUAGUCGACCUAUCAAUAGAAACACUCUUCUCAGUUCACAGCUUGCUGAUAUGCCUGAUAAUAAUAACAGCAAUAAUAAUACUACUACUAAUAAUAAUAAAACACCUUUCUCCAAUUCACUUGGUGGUUUAUCCUCUAUACCUAUGCCUAAUCAACAGGAGUCUAUUCCAUUGUUCAGUAGUGAUGAUACUACAGCUGGUGGAUUGAAUUUGAAUGAAUUAACUAAAUUGGCAUUGAGUAACAUGAAUUCUUUACCGUCAUCAUCAUUAUCCAGUCAACAAGAACGUAGUUUAGCUGCACUAUACACCUAUUGGUUGGCAGCAACUGCCGCAGCUAGUAGUAGUGGUACCUUGAAUUCUUCACAACCUCUACAACCACAACCACAACAACCGUCUGAACAACAGACUUUGAAUACUUCACCUCUUUUAUCUGUAUCUAAACAGAAUUGUAAUUCACUAGAUAUGAUGAAAAGAUCAUUAUCAUCACCGAAAACUUUACCAUCUUUGACAAUGAUCCCCCCGACAAUCACCACCAAUCCUACAAUACCUAGUUCAAGUCAAAAUAUCACAUCUCAUUUCAAUGUGAAUUCAAAUUCUGAAAGUUUAUUUGGACAACAGCAACAACACCAACAGCAGCAGUGUAGUUUAGAAAGUCAAUUGUUAAUCAAUGGAUUGAAUCAACAACAAUCGAAAUCCUCCUCAUCAUUACCAUCCACGUCAGCAACAUUAUCAUCAUCAUUAUUGUCUAUGUCAAAUAGUCAAACAGAUGCUUUGAAUGCCUUGAUGACAAUUAUGCUCGGUUCAUCAUCAUCAUCCGGAUCAGAACAUAUUAGUGGAUUGAAUAGCUUUCAUACACUUGCAGAUGUAGUCAAUUCAGCUGUACAAUUGAAGCCACCAAUACAACCACAAUCAUCAUCAUCAUCAUCUCUUCAACGACAGUUACAGCAGCACCAGCUCCAGCAGCAGCAACAAUCUCCUUUUCUUCCACAUCAUUCUAAUCAAUUUAAUUCGUUGAAUCCUCCAAUUCAAUCAUCAUCAUCGCUAUCAUUGUCUACUUCACCGAAUAAUAAUAAUAAUACAUUUGAUUUGCCUAUACCGUCUACAUCAGCCUCGUGUUUAGCAGCAUCGCUAUUCGGUCUCAAUAAUAAUAAUAAUACACCUAAUAAUAAUACUCCAGCUACAACUAUCAGUAAUAAUAAUAGUAAUAGUAAUAACAAUAAUGUACCAAUUAUCCCAGUCCCUCCACCAAUCAAAUCAACCAAUUUAAUUCAACUAUUAUGCAAGCGUACUUCAAACAGUGAAACAAAUACUCUAAUUGAUAAUGAUAAUAAAAGCAAAAAUGGUUGUAAUAAUAAUAGUAAUGUUAUAAGCACCGCCAAUCCUGCUUCUAUUAAGAGAAGACGUAACAGUAAUAGUAGCAAUAGUAGUAGUACUGUUAAUAAUAAUAAUAUAGAAGAUAAUAUAUCAGAAUCUGGUGAACCAGGUGAUAACAUAGAUCGUGAUGUUAACGGUUAUUCAACUGUGAUGAAAAAGCUAGAACAUACUUCGACUGGUGGUAGUGCUGGUGGCUGUGAGAAUGAGCCAAUCGAUAAAUCACCUAUGAAAGAUGAAACUACAACAUGGACAAGAAGUCGUAAAAGAAAAAUGCCGUAUUCCUUCACUUCAGACAAUGGUGUAAGAUCAGUUCGUCGAAGAACUCAAAAUAAUAAUAAUAAUAUUACUGAUGAUGGUAGUAAUAAUUCAUUAAUGCCUAAUUCUAAUAAUUCUAAUACUGAUGUUGGCAUAAAUCAUCCUGUCGUAACAACAGAAACAACACGUGAAAUACACGACGAUAGUCAUGGUAAUACUACUAAUAAUAAUGAUGACACUGUUGGCGGUGAAGAAGACAGAUCAACAGAAUCAAUUUCUGAGUGUUGUACUAAAUCACCGGAUAAUUCUCGGCCGAAUAGUCCUUUAGUUGGUCCUGUUCUACUGAAUUCAAUGUUUGAUUUAAAUGCUGAAGUUUUUAAACCAUGUCAAGAUACCGGCAGUAAUCGAUCGCUUAGUAUAUCAAGUGAACUGGCUUCACGUGUUCUCUUUCUAACUGUAGACUGGUUACGUCGAUUUGAUGGAUUGAAACGCUUACCAAUUGGAGCUCAACGUGAUUUGGUAGCCAUUUCUUGGUCUGACCUUUUUGUACUUGGAUUAUGUCAAGCAGCUGAUCAAAUUAAUCGUGGUCAAUCACGUCAGGAAAUAAAUGACUCACAAAAUGAUAAUAAUGCUGGAAAAGUAACGGUAACAAAAGUUUUUGGAAGACAACAAACAGCUUCACCGUGUCCUUCUUCUACAACUGCAACAAGUUCUAUGAAAUCCAGUAAUAAUAAUAUUGAUUCAUCAGCAUAUAUUUCACCAAUGCGAGAAUCUAUAGAUAUGCCAUAUUUGAAACCGAAUUCUUCAUCUUUAGCUGUAAUCGAACUAGUUGAACAAUUAAUGAAACAAUUCACUGGAGCUGAAAUUGAUGCACAAGAGUAUACUUAUUUAAGAUGUAUGGUUAUACUUAGCUCUGGACGCCUUUGUAUCAAUGCAAGAGAUGCAAAUUUAGCCAAACAAAUUACUGAGAUGGAAUCACGUGUAUUGAGUGAAUUUUCUGAAUUCUUGUCAACACGUGCAGCAGCCUCCUCAACAACAAAUUCUACUGAUUCUCAAUCAUCAUUGAGUAGAAAAAAGAUGACAAAAAAUGUUAUUAAAAGAGUUCUUAUUCUAACACAAUUAUUAUCAACACUACGUUAUUUAGAUCCAAAAGAUUUAGAAGAGGCAUUCUUUUCAAAUUUACUUGGCUCAGUAUCAAUCGCUCAAAUUCUUCCAUAUCUGUUAGAAUCAAAUGAUCUAUUCAUUCAAAGUCAAUUAGUAAUGAAUUCAUACCAGUCAGAUAAUAAUAACAAUAACACUACUACUACUACUAAUCGCCUUGCCUCCAAGCCCGGUAUAAACUGUGUAAAAUCUAUGAUGAAUGAACAAGUUAUCAAAUCUGGAUCAGAUGUUGAUUCAGCAAAAAUUUCCACUGAUGAUGAUCCACUUCAAAAUAGUAUACUGGAGAGAAAUGAACCACCUUCUUUGUCACUGUCACAUACAAACCAGACAACGCCGCCACUACCACCACCACCAAGAAGCAGAUCAGCCUCAUCUGAGAUACUCACACCAAUUGACUUGAAAGACCAGAAUAUUGAACGAACACACAGUGUACCACUUUUAAAUAAUAAUAAUGAAAGUAAUGAUGCUCCCAUAUAA